AUGCGCAAAUUAUUUAGGAACUUCCUGCGCGUUGUGAACGCCCGGGAGAAAAACAAGUUGGACGAGUGCGCCCUCCGGGAACUGAAAAAAUGGGGAAGGGAAAAGAUCCUUCAGAAUGACCAAGUGCUUGAGGAGUACCUGAACUAUCGCCAAGUGUUGCACGACUGCACCAAACUUUUGAGUGCAAGUGAAGAGAAGAGUGAGGAGGACAAAAUCGAGAAGGUUGCGAACUAUGUGGGUCUCACAACGGCUGCAGCGAAAAGGGGCAAAAGCACACAUGUGCAUACUUAA